CCCGCUGCCACCGCCUCAGCGUCUCUUAUGUCACGCCUGCCUCCCUUUCCCUCCCGCAGCGACCAGACAUCCCCAGGGCAUCCCGCCCGGCCGCCUUUCCCUCGGGAGAGACCCCAGCGAGGGGCUCCUUUGCCUGGGGACGGGCUGAGGAGACCACUGCUCUAACAAAACACAGGGCAGCCGCGAACACACAUCUGUCUCUAGUGGGGGAAAGACGGCUCUCCGUGGGCCCGGGGCAGGUCCGACCGUGCACCGGAGCUGAGGGGGAGCGACGGCGGAGGCGCGGCCGUGAGGGGGAGCGCGGGGCCGGGGCGGGGCUUCCCGCGGGGACGGCUCAACUCGCCGGGGUUGGCGGCGGCGCCAUUUUGAAUUGGCUGAGGGUCGGAGGCGGCGGCUGCCGAGCAGGGUUCCGCGUCCCCCGAGGGAGAACCCGCGAGGAAGGAGCGGAUAUGGCCGCGAAUAGGAACUUGAAGCAAGUGCGGAUCGAAAACAGCUCCCCAGCGGUGCCGAUGGGCAUGGUGGGGGGCGGCGGCGGCGGCAACCUGAAAGGUUUGCGCGGCCUGGAAGCGGAGAGUGAGGCGGCGGCGGCCAUGGCUCUGGUGCCGAGCAAAGAAGGUGGCGGAGAUGAGGAACGGGAGGUUGGGUUCACCAUCGAUAUCAAGAGCUUUCUCAAACCUGGCGAGAAGAGCUACACGCAGCGUUGUCGGCUGUUCGUGGGGAAUCUGCCUACUGAUAUCACCGAGGAGGAUUUCAAGCGCCUUUUCGAGCGCUACGGGGAGCCCAGCGAGGUCUUCAUCAAUCGGGACCGUGGCUUCGGCUUCAUCCGCCUGGAAUCUAGGACCUUGGCUGAAAUAGCAAAGGCAGAACUUGAUGGUACUAUUUUGAAGAGCAGACCACUUCGAAUUCGAUUUGCUACCCAUGGAGCUGCCUUAACUGUGAAGAAUCUGUCGCCUGUGGUUUCCAAUGAGCUGCUGGAACAAGCGUUCUCGCAAUUCGGGCCAGUGGAAAGAGCGGUUGUUGUAGUAGAUGAUCGCGGCAGAGCCACAGGGAAAGGUUUUGUAGAGUUUGCAGCAAAACCUCCAGCACGGAAAGCUCUGGAAAGAUGCAAUGAUGGGGCAUUCUUGCUUACAACAACACCUCGACCUGUUGUUGUAGAACCAAUGGAGCAAUUUGAUGAUGAGGAUGGACUCCCUGAGAAGCUAAUGCAAAAAACACAACAGUACCACAAGGAAAGAGAACAGCCUCCCCGCUUUGCUCAGCCUGGAACAUUUGAGUUUGAAUAUGCUUCACGGUGGAAAGCUCUUGAUGAGAUGGAAAAGCAGCAGCGUGAGCAGGUUGACAGGAACAUUAGAGAAGCCAAAGAGAAACUUGAGGCAGAAAUGGAAGCAGCUAGACAUGAGCAUCAGCUAAUGCUGAUGAGGCAAGAUCUCAUGCGUCGUCAGGAAGAAUUGAGGCGUUUGGAAGAGCUUCGAAACCAAGAACUUCAAAAACGCAAGCAGAUACAAUUGAGGCAUGAAGAAGAGCACAGACGUCGGGAAGAAGAGAUGCUACGCCAGAGGGAACAGGAGGAGUUGCGACGACAGCAGGAGGGAGGAUUUAAGCCAAAUUUCAUGGACAAUCACAGUCUUACGGCUUCAGAGAUUUUAGCCCCACAAAGAUAAUCAGUUCUGCUGUCAUUAUUUUGGAAGAGGAGGUUAGGAGACUGGCCUAACUUGGCACCUGCUGCAAAAAUGACAGGUAAGGAACCUUACAGGAGGGAAUGGGGAGCAUUGUGCGAAGUUCUGUAAAGCAGAAUUGCAAACACUUCAGAAGCUGUGUAUUAGUGAGUUUGACAAUUCCUUAGGAAUACUUUUGGUUUUUAUUUUUUAGUUAAAGAAAAUUGGACUAUGCACAGUAUAGGAAGUUUUGUGUGAAACUAGAUUCCCCCUUAGGUUUUGCAAGAUAGAAAACAUCCUCAAAUUAGUGAGGUUAUUACUAUUAUAUAUAAGAAUUUUUAUGUAAUACAAAGCUUAUGCUGAUUUUCUGUAAUCUUAAAACUAAGAUAUGAGAACUUAAGAGUAGAUAUGAGAAAGUCUCUUAGGCUUUGCAUAUGAACAUUUUUGCGACUUUAAAACAAUUUUAAGUAUUUUUGAAAUAAAAAAUGAGUCUUAAGAGAAGUAUGCCUAUUUAAACAUCUCUAAAAUCUUAGUGGUUCUCUUAACUCCUUGCAUAAGUUUAUAUUUGCAUUGUAUGUAGCACAAUGGUAUCCUGACUUAUGUUAAAGUAGUAGAGCUGUACUGAUCCUACUUAACUCUGUGCUAGCUGUGCUGGUUUAAUGAUAUCUUGUUUACAGCAGACUUUUCUAAAUCUGUUUCUCUGAUAGGUGACCUCAGAGUUUCCAGAACCUGGCAGAACUAUCUAGUGGAAUUUUAACUCUAGCUUCCAGUGCCAAGUGCAGCAUUUUCAGAUGCUUUUCAUCUGUCAGGUUUCUUAAGUUUUCUUUGUGAAGUCACAACUAUACAUCAUUAUUUCUAGGUGAAAGAGAUAAUGAGGGUUAAAGGUUAUUCUCUUGUUCCUUCAACAAUUUUGUACUUUUUAGCUGUUCAUGACAAAAUGCUCAGGACUUCACAUCUGUGUAACCUGUCAUGUGAGUUCUGAAUGGAGAAAACAACACCAUUACUUGGACAUUUUUUCAAGUUGCUCAGCAUGAACACAGUCAUUGAAAGUAAAAAUCUAAACAUUGAAAGAUAUUUCUGUUGCUUCAAUGACAACAUUUGUAAAAUGGGUAAUUAUGAAAAUCAGUGAUGAGCCAGCUAUUCUGGUGCUGCAGGUUUCUCAACUUGAAAUGGGAGUGUCAUAGAGAGGAAGGGGCUGUAUUAAAAAAUACAGGACUUAAUUGCUAUUUCAUACAGGAUUAUCGUAAUGACUUGGACUACUGUCUCACAAUGCACGAAAUUUUGGAAAAAAUAUAAUGUGUGUGUAUAUACAUACAUACAUAUAUAUAUAUAUAUAUAAACCCCACUUGAUGCUAUUGUGUCUUGUAUCUAGGAAUGUAAUAGCUUGCAAAUGAACAAUUUUAUUAGUUUUACAAAGUGUUUACAAAUUUUAGUAUCUUUGAAUUCAGACCUUGCUGAAGCUGUACAGAUGAAAACUUUUGUGUCUUCUGUUUAAAUGCUUUCAGACAUGCUCAUCAUUCCCUAAAUAUUGAAGAAAUCAUCUAAUUUCUAUAUGGUGAAGAUCUGCAAUCCAAGCAAAACAGAAACAAAUGUCCCUUGAUCGCAGAUUGUCACUGGCAUGUGUUCAUUGCCUGGCCACUAGUAACUGCCACCAUUUGUUCUUUUUUGAAAUCUGAUCCCAGAAGAGGAAUAUUACUGCAUUCACAUUCCUCAUUCUGUGUAAGAUGCUAACUUCAGGUACCCUACACCUUGUAACUUGAAAGUUGUGAAAUGGAUGUAAAAUAUUUUUCAUGAACUUGCAAAGGAAAUUGAAUGCCUUGUUGGCUUAGCUCAAGUAGUAUUUUCCUUUUUGUUUCUAGGAACUUAAUUUUUCCUUUUAGCUCCAAUUUGGUAAAUUUUUCCCCUUAAAUGCUUGCUUGCUUGCUUCUACUCCUCUGCCAGUAUAUGCACUUAUUAAGAGAAUUUGACAAAUACAAGAUUUGGAAAAAUUGUGUUGCAGUGUGUCUCCUAUAAUCCCUGGCAGCUAUGCAGUGAUGCCAGGUAACAAUUACUUUAGUCUCUAAUGGUUUUAUUGUCCUCAGCAGGGACUACUCAUAAUUAAGAUGAGCAGGUUUGGCCAGACUAGUUAGAAUUAAGAGAAUAGGGAGGAUAAGAUUGCCUGACCAUUUAAGAAUGUCUAGCACUGUAUCUUCUGUUAGUAUGUCAGCAGCCAACAU